AUGUCCGCGCAAAAAUAUUUGCUAUCGCUGGUAGCUUUUUUGGCUACCCAGGUAGCUGCUCAUGGAGGCCAUGAGGAGGUGCCCGAAGGCGAGGCUGUUUCGGGCGAACCUAUCGACACCACUUUAUGGCUUCAUAUGAUAUUAAUGACGGUUACGUUUGGCGUCGUCUUUCCAUUUGGCAUGGUUCUCGGGAUCAUCCGCUCUCGCUGGCACGUCCCCGUACAGGUCGUAGCUACCGUCGUCGCAGUCCUCGCUUACUUCAUGGGCCAUGCUCACAAAGGCCGCCAAUUCGCAAAGAACAUCCAUGCCUCAUUCGCCAAUGUCUUGAUGCUCAUGUUGAUCGUCCAAGUUGCGCUCGGCGUGUACUUGAGACUCCACCUUGAGAAGGGUUUCCAGGGCCGGAUCCGUCGUUACUUCGUCAUUGCACACGGCGUAGUCGGAAAAGCGAUGCCGCUCGUCAGCUGGGCACAGAUCUUGUUCGGUGGAAUUACAGCGAACGGGUUCUGUCGCGACGACCAUCUUGGACAAUGCCUCGCGCAUUUCAUCAUGGGAAGUGCAUUUAUUGCAUAUGGAAUUGUGAUGACUAUCUUGCUUCUUGUGGGACAGUUCUGGUUGAGACGGACCGGCCGAAGCCAGGAAUUCUUUGACUCGGCCAUUAUCGCCGUUUGGGGUUGUAUUAACACCUUUACUGAACAUCGCUGGGGUCAGCCAUGGGUUCACAACGAUUUGCAGCACACGACUAUGGGAAUUGUUUGGUGGUGUGCUGGAUUGCUGGGCAUGUGGUUGAGUCGCAAGAGGAACGGUCGUCCCAAGCGCAACUUGAUUCCGGCCAUUGUCAUCUUGUUGACAGGAUACGCCAUGUCUGCUCACCCUCAGACGCUAAUGUUGAGCACAAUGGUUCAUUCAGUCUUCGGUUACACGCUCAUGGCGGCUGGUUUAACUCGUCUCAUUGAGAUUUCGUUCGUGCUCAGAGAUCGACCCACUCUUAGUGCUGAUGGAUCGGAUCCUCACAGCUUCCAAUACCUUCCUCCAUUCCUCCUUUAUGCCUCUGGUUUUCUAUUCAUGGGCGCCACGGAAGAGCAGAUGCAACUACUCAGCAACGCUGGCGUUACCCAUGUAUCGUACAUCUUAAUCUUGUACAGUGUCGCCUUUAUCCUUUUCCUCUUCGUCAACAUCCUCCUCCACAUUUACGCAGUCCACGCCUUCCCCGACUCAGCCACCAUAAACACAAACACCAACACCCACGCCGAAGACGGCUUCAUGCCCAAACUGCGCCGCGAAGACUCUUCCUCCUCGUACACCGUCGUCAACGACGGCUUCCCCAACGGAAGCGCCGUAAACGGCCACCCUCGUUCCCGCGCGGAAGCGCAACAGAUCCAAGACGCGGAAGCGUUUGAGUUGCAGGGCCUGAUUUCGGAGGAUGAGCAUGAUGAGCACGAGACCGCCUCGGGGUCGAGGAGGAGGAAAGAAACCAGUGAUUAUGAGGAGGAGAAUCUCGUUUCUCCCAAGUAG